CAAGAAGAACGGGUCGUUCAGGUAUUCGAAGAGGCUUCUCCUUCGGUGGUUUUUAUUAAGGACCUUGAAUUAGCUAAGACCUCGUCAGGCAGAAGCACAAAUACUGAAGAAGUUCUUACGAAAGAAGAAGAGGAAACUGCGAAAGUCGAAGGGACUGGUUCUGGUUUCAUAUGGGAUAAAAGUGGACACAUAGUGACCAAUUAUCAUGUCAUAGCGAAGUUGGCAACUGAUACGACUGGACUUCAGCGUUGCAAGGUAUUUCUUGAAGAUGCACACGGGGAAAAGUUCUCCAAGGAAGGCAAACUUGUUGGUUUUGAUCCCACGUAUGAUUUGGCGGUUUUAAAGAUCGAUGUCGCCCAAGGAAAUUUCGAUCUCAAACCUGCUCUUCUUGGUACCUCUGGUGAUUUGCGUGUUGGACAGAAUUGUUUUGCCAUUGGAAACCCAUACGGAUAUGAAAAUACGCUAACUACCGGGGUAGUGAGUGGAUUGGCAAGGGAAAUACCUUCUCCGAAUGGGAGCUCAAUUCGUGGAGCUAUACAAACAGACGCUGCCAUCAAUGCAGGUAACUCAGGUGGUCCAUUGAUUAAUUCAUAUGGUCAUGUGAUUGGAGUGAAUACAUCGACUUUCACUCGCAAAGGAAGUGGACAGUCAUCCGGGGUUAAUUUUGCAAUACCAAUUGACACAGUUGUUAGAACUGAACCUUACCUCAUUGUUUAUGGAACACCUUACAGUAAUAGGUAUUGAUUCGAUCACUCCGCUCUUUUUGUACCAAUUAUCCAUACCACAAAAGCUUAUUGUAAUGUUCUAUACCUUUAUGUACACAUUAAUGGAUUUUCA